CCGGAAGUCGGUGCAGAAGGAGUGGGAGGCAACUGGAAACCGGCAGUAUUUGAAUAUUUCUUUGAAAUGCACCUAGUUCCGGGUCAGGCUUCCCAAUGACCCCAGAUCCCUCACCCUGAGCACACCUGAGAUGCCUUGGAGAAGGGGGAUUCGGUGUUUGGGGGCCAGGGUUGUCCCCAAUGGGAGGGCAGCCCUAUGGCGGCCUAUCAGUGCCAAUAGCAGCAGCCACAGGAGGGACUCUCAGGAGCAGCCGGCAUCUCUCCAAAAAGAAAGUGUCCUUUGCCAGGGGAAAUGCUCACUAUGGGAAGGAAGCCCUAUCACAAACCGUUCAGGGUGGUCAGCUGGUCCCAGUUUAGGGCACCCCCGUCUGAUUCACCAGACUGCAUCAUCCCGAGGCCUGACAAAGGAGGACAUCCAGAAAGCCAGGGAAUCUCGUUCCAAGAAAGACCCGGAGAGCAUGGUAAAAGUGAGACAGAAGCUUAGUGAGAGAGCCCGGGAGCGGAAAGUGCCAGUUACACGCGUCGGGCGGUUUGCAAACUUUGGAGGUUUGGCUGUGGGUUUGGGACUUGGAGCUUUGGUGGAAGUGGCAAAGAACUCUUUUAAUGGGGAGCAAAAAUCCAAAGAUGGCAGCUUAUUAGAAUCCAGCCCCUUCCUAUCAGAGGCCAAUGCAGAGCGGAUUGUGGACACACUCUGCAAGAUGCGUGGGGCAGCCCUCAAGAUUGGACAGAUGCUUAGCAUUCAAGACAACAGCUUCAUCAGUCCUCAGCUGCAGCGAAUCUUCGAGCGUGUGCGCCAGAGUGCAGACUUCAUGCCGCCCUCUCAGAUGACGGGGGUGCUGGUGGAAGAACUAGGUGCUGACUGGCGGGACAAAGUGGCCUCCUUUGAGGAAACGCCUUUUGCAGCUGCCUCCAUUGGACAGGUGCACCUUGGAGUGUUGAAGGAUGGGACGGAAGUGGCAAUGAAGAUCCAGUAUCCAGGUAUUGCUCAGAGUAUCCGAAGUGAUGUGGAUAACCUUCUCUCCGUCCUCAAGAUGAGUGUUGCACUCCCCGAAGGUCUCUUUGCAGACAACACUCUGCAAGUCCUGCAGAAGGAGCUGGAAUGGGAAUGCGACUACGAACGGGAAGCUGACUGUGCCAGGAGGUUCAGGCAGCUUUUGGAAGGAGACCCCUUCUUUGAGGUGCCAAAGGUGAUUAAUGAGCUCUCCACCAGGAGGGUCUUAUCUAUGGAGCUGAUUGACGGGGUCCCCCUCGACCAGUGCCAGGCGCUCGACCAGGAGGUCCGUAAUGAGAUCUGCUCACACAUCCUUCGCCUGUGUCUCCAGGAGCUGUUUGAAUUCCGUUUCAUGCAAACCGAUCCAAACUGGUCUAAUUUCUUCUACGAUGCUAAGAGGCACAAGGUUACUCUGUUGGACUUUGGGGCCAGUCGAGACUUCAGCAAGGAGUUCACCGAUGAUUACAUUGAGGUGGUGAGAGCUGCUGCUGAUGGGGACAGGGCCAAAGUCCUCCAGAAAUCCAAAGACCUUAAAUUCAUGACGGGGUUUGAGACCAAGGUGUUUGAGGAGGCGCACGUGGAUGCCGUGAUGAUUCUGGGGGAGGCCUUCUCCACCCACGGUCCCUUCAACUUUGGCACCCAGAACACCACCCGGGGCAUCCAGGACCUCGUCCCGGUGAUGCUGAAGCACCGCCUGAGCCCUCCACCGGAGGAGAGCUACUCCCUGCACCGCAAGAUGGCCGGCUCCUUCCUCAUCUGCGCCCGCCUUGGAGCCAUCAUCCCUUGCCGCGAGAUGUUCGAAGAGGCCUAUGCCCAAUACGUUGCACGGGGACGAGGUGCCGCAUUGGCGGAAGGGUCAUAGUGCGAAACAGCAGCUUUGUGGCUGUGAUAUGUUGCUGUACUCAAAUGGAUUAUUGGAAAAAAUUAUUUCUGCCACACUGAGAUGGAGCCUAAUAGUUGGGCCUGAUCCUACAGCAGGUUGUGUCGAUUGUGGUGCAGAAUCUCCUCCCACCAGUCCCUUUUUGUACCAAUUUCUGACUUGACACACUCCAGGACUGGAUUUUGGGCUACCUUGCCAUUUGCUGUCUUAUCCACUUUUACAUUUUCUAUUUUUACUGUUCAAAGCUCCUGGGACCUCUCUUGAACCAAGAGAACUUUAUCCCUGUCUACUGUGUUGCUCUCCUACACUCUCUCGGUUGGUGCUGUGAUGUCUUCCUGAUAUUAAUGUGUGGACAAUAUUCUCUCCAUCUUUAGAGAUGAAAUCUUACUGCGUCUAGCUCAACAUUGGACAGUUCUGCUCAUCUUUUGUGUCUUCCCAUUGCCUCUCCAGCCCCAGCUUACAUUUGCCUUUGGAGUAGGGAUAUAUGUAGAUAAAGGGUGAACAAUGAUGGGGAUGCAUUGGGACAAAAUAUGCAGGUGGAGGGGGGGGGGGGAAUGGGACCAGGCACACUUUAUUCUUUCUUGUGUUACGUGAAUGGUGCCACAACAUGUAGUUCAGUCCACUGAGCCAUAGAGGAAAGAAAUAUGGAGGUGGGAUCGACAAAGAGAAUGGAUGGCCUUCUUGUUUUCAAGCUUCCCGUUCCCAAGCAAAUGGUUUAAAUAAGCUCAGAAGUGAGGCUGAUUUGUGGGGCUGCUGAUUGCACCAAAGAGCAGCCAGGAAGACCCUCCACCUUUUGCAGGCUAGGCCAGAGGUCUUUUCUCAGACCUUUUAGGACUGUUGUCGUAGGGUUGUUGUAGUUUUUUGGGUUGUAUGGCCAUGUUCUAGAAGCAUUCCCUCCUGACGUAUUGUCGAAGGCUUUCAUGGCCGGAAUCACUGGGUUGCUGUGAGUUUUUCAGGCUGUAUGACUAUGUUCCAGAAGUAUUCUCUCCUGACGUUUCACCCACAUCUAUGGCUGUCAUCCUCAGAGUUUGUGAGGUAUAUUGGAAACAAAGUAAGUAGGGUUUAUGUAUCCCAGGAAUGUCCAAAAUGGGGGAAAGAACUCUUGUUUGUUGGAGGCAAGUGUGAAUGUUGCAAUUAAUCACUUUAAUUAUCAUUGCAAAGCCUUGCAACUUCAAAGCCUGGCUGGUUGCUGCCUGGGGGUUCCUUUGGAAGUGUUAGCUGACCCUGAUUGUUUCAUGUCUGGAAUUCCCCUGUUUUUAGAGGGUCUUAAUUUUAGAGUUUUUUGAAGAAGAAGAACUUUAUUUUUCUACCCUGCCUCCAUCUCCCCAAGGGGACUCGGGGCGGCUUACAUGAGGCCAAGCCCAGGCAACAUACAAUUAAAAGCAAAACAACAGCAAGUUACAAAUUAAAAAGACAGAAAACAGCAUAACAGUAAUAAACAAGCAUCAAGCAACAGCUACCCAAAUUUUGGAGGGGCGAAGGAGGCCAACAUACAAAAUGAUUAAAAGGUAAGUAGUUCAAUAAGGUGGAUAAGAAUAUAACUGGCACAGGAGAUAUUAUGAAAACAGAGCAAUUUGACAGAAACAGGAUCAUCUCAGUUUAACAUACAUAUAUACAUAAUGAUGUAAUAUAGGAAUCAGGUUAAAUAGUGAAAAUAGAUCACAGUACAAUCGUUUGUCAUAGGGGUCAUCAGUCGAAAGACAACGAAACAUCCACAUCUUUAGUUCCUUGCAGAAUGUGGCUAGGGAGGAACUGGCUAAAUACUGGUUAAGGCUUUGCAAUGCUAAUCAAGGUGAUUAAUUGCAACAUUCACACUUGCCUCCAACAGACAAGAGUUCUUUCUGCCAUCCUGGACAUACCACAUAUGCCGUAAUAUAUAAUAAACUACGUGUAGUUCACGUUUGAUCAGUCCACACAGUGCCUUGCCAGGGAAAGAAAAUAUGCCAUGCAGAUGGUCAAUAAAAACCAAGUCGUUUACUCUUUGUAAUUCAGAACAAUAUAUGUACAAUCGUGUGAUCAGUUGCAUCGACUCACAUAAUGUCCUUUCAUGAGAGAUUUAAAAUGUUAUUUCUUUGUCCACAUGGAAAAUCUUCCUCCUGCAGCUCAUGAAGCAAGAGCAGAUUGUCUCUCUCUGUGUGUCUCACUGUGUUUCUACAAGGACUUGCAUAGCUCGUACCUGAAAAAUGUAACAGUAUCCAAAAGUCCCAGGCUCAGCCAGCUCCCCGGCAUGGCCCGACCAGUUUUGUACAUCUUAUUUUACACAUGCUGAUUUCUUUACAUGCUCCAACACCACAGAUGUAUGAACCUCUUCUUAGUUUCCAAUAUACCUCUCAACCUCUGAGGAUACCUGCCAUAGAUGUGGGCGAAACGUCAGGAGAGAAUGCUUCUGGAACAUGGCCAUGCAGACUGGAAAACUCACAGCAAUGCUUUUAGAGCUCUUGGCUUCCCUGAAUCUCCAGGCCAAUGUCAGGCACUCAACUUGGAGAUUGACAAAAUGGGUGGAAUAUGAUAAGCCAUUACUUAUGGAGUAGAUUGUUGCAAGUUCAGCAGGAUGUGGUCAAAAAGUGUAUAGGAAAGAAUGCAGAGCCCAUGGUCAGCAAGCUGUUCAUGGGUCGUGCUGCUUGAGAAUGCAAUUCUCUCUUUUUGAACGUUGUUCCUAUAACAUUAUGGGCUGGCGGUAAGGGAUAGCCAGAUCAAAGGUUUUAAUAGUAGUGAAUGCGAUGGGGCGCUAUCCUUGCAGCAAAAACUCAACACCAAUUGUACAUAUGGUAUCUACUCCAUCAAUUGGUAGUUAAAUAAUAAUUUGGCUUCCCUAGCACUGAAACAGAGAUCUGGAGAAGCUAAAGGGAGGUUUCUUAUAGGGCAAAUUGGCUGAAGAGGAAAGGUGGGUGGGCGGAGGAAAGCUGAGUUGCAGUUUUGGGAUGUUUACAUUGCAGGGCGUGUGCCUGACUCCACGCAAUCCUGGAAGUGGACUGCUGUUCGAUUUAACCUUGUUUUAAAAGCACCCUUCCCACCUAGUGGGAGGGCUUCCUGUUUCUGCCCGGUUUUGUGGCUCCGAUGCUUAACCAUCGGGAAAUGUGGGCAUUCGAUUUUUUAUUAUUUCAGGGUGGGUGGCGACAGAUUGCAGGCGUCCAGCCCCUCUGCCCAAACGGAAAACAAAAUAAAUUAAUAGCUCAAUUGAUGUGCGAGCCCUGAAUGUGGGGAAAGAAGUGAUUUAGCUGCGGGGUUUUCCAAUGUGAACAUCAGUGCGGACCUAGAACCUACACUUGAAUGCAUCAGUCUGAUCUUUGCAAACUUCCAUUGCAUCCCCUCUUGUACUGAAUGAGCAGAAGAAAGGCCUACAUUCUGAGUUCUUGAGAGGCAAAACUGGCUCGGUUUGGAUCCUGGUUUACUUCUACUAGUUUCCCAUCAUGUAUUUUAUUGUGUUGCUAUUGUGUUUUGGUUUUAUUUUAUUGUAAUAUGCUGCUGGGCUUGGCCUCAUGUAAGCCGCCUCGAGUCCCCAUUGGGGAGAUGGUGGCGGGGUAUUAAAUAAAGAUUAUUAUUGUU